CCCCCCCCCCCCAGUCUAACUGCCAUUCUGGAGCAGAAUGAAGAAGGCGGGGCCAGGAAGACAUCUUUCCACCAUGUCUCCUUUACCAUCAGAUGGGAGCACUCCCCCCCCCCCCCCAGUCUAACUGCCAUUCUGGAGCAGAAUGAAGAAGGCGGGGCCAGGAAGACAUCUUUCCGCCAUGUCUCCUUUACCAUCAGAUGGGAGCACUCCCCCCCCCCCCCCCAGUCUAACUGCCAUUCUGGAGCAGAAUGAAGAAGGCGGGGCCAGGAAGACAUCUUUCCACCAUGUCUCCUUUACCAUCAGAUGGGAGCACUCCCCCCCCCCAGUCUAACUGCCAUUCUGGAGCAGAAUGAAGAAGGCGGGGCCAGGAAGACAUCUUUCCACCAUGUCUCCUUUACCAUCAGAUGGGAGCACUCCCCCCCCCCCAGUCUAACUGCCAUUCUGGAGCAGAAUGAAGAAGGCGGGGCCAGGAAGACAUCUUUCCACCAUGUCUCCUUUACCAUCAGAUGGGAGCACUCCCCCCCCCCCAGUCUAACUGCCAUUCUGGAGCAGAAUGAAGAAGGCGGGGCCAGGAAGACAUCUUUCCGCCAUGUCUCCUUUACCAUCAGAUGGGAGCACUCCCCCCCCCCCAGUCUAACUGCCAUUCUGGAGCAGAAUGAAGAAGGCGGGGCCAGGAAGACAUCUUUCCACCAUGUCUCCUUUACCAUCAGAUGGGAGCACUCCCCCCCCCCCCCACAGUCUAACUGCCAUUCUGGAGCAGAAUGAAGAAGGCGGAGCCAGGAAGACAUCUUUCCACCAUGUCUCCUUUACCAUCAGAUGGGAGCACUCCCCCCCCCCCCCAGUCUAACUGCCAUUCUGGAGCAGAAUAAAGAAGGCGGGGCCAGGAAGACAUCUUUCCACCAUGUCUCCUUUACCAUCAGAUGGGAGCACUCCCCCCCCCCCAGUCUAACUGCCAUUCUGGAGCAGAAUGAAGAAGGCGGGGCCAGGAAGACAUCUUUCCACCAUGUCUCCUUUACCAUCAGAUGGGAGCACUCCCCCCCCCCCCAGUCUAACUGCCAUUCUGGAGCAGAAUGAAGAAGGCGGGGCCAGGAAGACAUCUUUCCGCCAUGUCUCCUUUACCAUCAGAUGGGAGCACUCCCCCCCCCCCCCAGUCUAACUGCCAUUCUGGAGCAGAAUGAAGAAGGCGGGGCCAGGAAGACAUCUUUCCACCAUGUCUCCUUUACCAUCAGAUGGGAGCACUCCCCCCCCCCCCCCCAGUCUAACUGCCAUUCUGGAGCAGAAUGAAGAAGGCGGAGCCAGGAAGACAUCUUUCCACCAUGUCUCCUUUACCAUCAGAUGGGAGCACUCCCCCCCCCCCCACAGUCUAACUGCCAUUCUGGAGCAGAAUGAAGAAGGCGGGGCCAGGAAGACAUCUUUCCACCAUGUCUCCUGUAUCAAUUUAAUGAUAUAAUGAUAUAUAAUAAUAUUAUACUAUACUAAUAUUAUAAUAUAUUGUAUAUACAUGUAAUAUUAAUAAUAAUAUUAUGUUGUAAUACAAUGUAAUAAUAAUUAUAAUUCACUAUUAUAAUUGUAUAUUUAUAUUACAUGCAAUAUUACUUAUAAUAUUGCAAUAUAGUUGUAUAAUAUAAUAUAUUGUAUGUAUAUAUACUUGUAAACAGCCCUGAGUCCCCUUCGGGGUGAGAAGGGCGGUAUAUAAAUGUCGCAAAUAAAUAAAUAAAUAAAUAAAUAAAUUAUAGUCCCAAAAGUAACUAUUCCACAUAAACUUUUUGAGUUCUGGCCACUUGGUUGCUUCUGACAGUAAGUUGCUUUCAGGUUUUGCAUUCCUAAUACUUAGAGCUGCAUGCAAAAAGAUUUUGUAGCAGCUUUGAUACUGAGAGAAAGAUGUUUUUAGAAUAAGCUUUCGUAGACUUAACUCUACUUCAUCCAAUGCAUGAAGUGAACUACCUAGGAACAGAUCCUUAUAGGCAUACCGUGUGUGAGAGUACCAUAGAAAUGCAAAAUCUGUAUGUAUGGUGAAGUGACAAGCUCAGUUUUAACCAUGGUUGUUGGGGGCAAAGGCGGGAGGAAAGAUGUUGCCUACAGCCAAGAUGAGUAGAUAGCCAUACGAGUGGUGAAGAGAUUUAUUGCAAUAUUGUGUGAUGCUAGCCGGGAGCCAUAAAGGCAAUGAUAAACUGGCUGAGAAGGCCCUCGUGAAGUUACAUGUUGAAUUGAUGGGUUCUGGUUAUACAUAAUAAAGGAUGAAAAGAUCUGAGAUGGGUGGGUCUGAUAUUGCUGGCUGUUCCUAUGUCUUGCAGUACAUUAACACAAACAAAAUCAAUUACAACGUAUUAGCAGUUUUAAGAGCAAUGAAAGGCUUCUUCAAAGUGAUUGAAGAAGCACAUAUUAGUUUCAGCAAUUGCAAUCAUUGCAUGCAAUAUAAUUUGCAAUCCAAGAUUUUUAGUAUUAUUUUGUACCAUUAGUCUCAAACAAUUUCUACCAUGGUUUUAUGGCCAAAUGUCUGUGCAUCUGUAUCAUGGAUUUAUUGUUGUACUUCUAUCAAUGCUGACAAUUAGAUGUGAAAAUUUGCAGUUAUAAUGAAAUGCAAAGCUAUUUUAUAAUUGCCAGGGGUAAAAUUAGCAAAGUCAAUUAUUUUCCCCUUAGGCUUUUCCCUGAAGAUAUUAAAAGGCUGCAAGAUAAUUGCCUUAGGUAACACUUUGAUUCUUUAAAUAACAUUAAAUAUAGCAAUUGCUGCUAAUCUUGUUGCAAUUUACCUUUUUGCUGUGUACUGCAGUAUAACUAUGGCACUGUCAUUGAACUGAACAUGUAUUGAAACGCUGAUCAUAAGACUGCAAAAUGUGUGACUUCCUUAAAUGGACAGUUAUGCUUUGACCAAAUUAACCGAAUUUGUGUCAUAAUUAUCUAAGUUCUUGCUGGUAUAAACAUUGUUGCACUAGUAACCAGUAAGAAGCAUGUUUCCAUUAAAAUGAUUAUUUCAGAAAAAAUAUUCUCUAAAUUUAACCAAAGCUACAAUUUUUUUCCCCUGGGACCCUAUUUUCUUUUUCUUUUUAGGUGUACUGUGUAUCAACUGAGUUAAUAUGAUUCAAAGCCAAUGUUCAAUCAGGGUUUUCAAAUUCACUGUUUCAUGGCAAGAGUAUAUGACUGAUUCACUUGCAACUCAAGUGUCUGGGAACUGCAUUAAAUUCCUUAUUAGUGGAGUGCAAUGGCACUAUUUCUUAUUAGGUGGUUAUCAUCUUCUGAGGCUUCUCUAUUAAAAAAAAUUAAGUGUACUUACUCUUGAAGGUCUGUUGUCAGAUGUGCCUUUCUGUGUAGAUGGGCAAGUAGUUUCCAAGUGCAGCCACAAAUGUGAGGAAAUACCUUGACCUAACUAUAUAAUUGAGAGCCGACAAUUCAGUAUUAUAGAGCUAAGCCGCAGUAUGCCAUUGUGUUACAUUACAUUUUUAGCUGUGGCAGCUUUUCAUUAAAUUGUUCAGUCACUGCGACAUAACCUGUGAUUGCCCUCUUGUAAGCCUUACUGUGAUUAUGGAAAGGUUUUAAGGGAAGUAGCCUGAAAAGAACAAAAUAUGUGCCCUUUUGGUAAAAAAUCAUGUUACCAUUUUCCCCAGAUUUGUAUAACUAGUGCAGGAAAAGGUAAUAUAUUUCAAAUCUGCUUGGAAGUCUGACCCCCAUGAUCUUAGAUGUAAAUGUGUUAGUCUUAGCUUAAUUGCAGUUGGAUUUUGAAUGCUACACCCUAAUACUGUGAAGAAGGGGGGGCAGGAUUUCACUGUUAACAUUAAAAUGUAAGAAUUUCAACCUGAAGUUCAAAAUGUGCAGUUUCAUGUAUGGCAGCAUUUAUAUAUAUAUAUAAUCAAAUGUGUGAUAUGCUAUUCUGGGACUGUACAAAAACAUGCCAUGUGUGCCCUGAUUGUCAGAAAGAGGGCAUAUUGUUGCCUCUAUCUUGAUGUUCUUGGAUGAGGGGAGCUUUAUUUGUGUUCCUCAUGUGGCUUCUAAGCCUUGGUCUAUCCAUAUAUAAGAUGGUAAAAUACAUGUUCAUAGUGGUUUCAUUUGAUGGGAGGAACAUACAUAUUUGGAUAAUUUAAUUAUGAUAUAGCUAUAUUUCAGUGAAAUUGAAUUUAAAAGGAAUGCACACACACACACACACACAAAUGGACACCUGAAACUGUGAAUAAUAAUGAGCCCUUGAUUUUUAUUAUACUUGGGCCAGAAGCAUACCAUAAAAUCACUCUGGAGGAUCCAGAAAGACCCACCAACAGUUCUGGGGUACUGGGGAGAUAUAUUUUGGAUAAUGGAUAGAUAAUACUAUGGAUAUUGAAUCCUUGGAUAAGGUGGUCAUGCUGUAUUGCCUAGACUAGAGUUGUCAAACUCAUUUUCAUUGAAGACCACAUCGCCCUUAUGGUUGCCUUCAAAGGACUAUUUGCAGUUGUAAAACUGCAUAAACAUGUAUGUUGCCUUGGCAUUGAAAGCCUUGCAGGCCACAUAAAAUGACAUGGUGGGUUGAAUUCAGCCCUCAGGUCUUAGCUUGACACGUUUGAACAGAUCUUGGUAAAAGGGAUUUUGCUUAGUUUAUACAAUCUAAAGAACAGUUCUCCUAAUGGAUCAUCUUUUAUCAGCAAAACCAUAGUCUUGUACAAAAUCAUGUCACUGAUCCAUCUAUUUCAGGAGUGGGGAAUACCUUUGGCCUGGCCCUUGGUCUCCCACCCAACAAUCCACACAAAAGCUGAAUCUCAGAUGAACAUUAAGAAAAUUGCAGUAUAGUACACAGAAAAAACCUCAAGGGUCUAUAGUAAUGAAUGUUGAAUACCUUCCUAAUCCAAAAUGCAGGAUAAGAAAAGUAAUCAAAGCUAAAUAAUUUGCACCCAAGUCCACUCAGCCUUGUCUGUUGUGGCUGAAGGAGCACCUUUGAUGGCCUUUCAUAGAGACCAAGAUUAAACUGCUUGGUAUGUGUGUGAGCUGUGGCAGGUCACAUGAGGAUGGCAAGGCCAAAGGUUAAUUCUAAUCCCUGGCCGCCCCGCUCUGGCCCUCUUUCUGUUCUUUUCGAGAUUGGAUUGGCAGGAGUGCUGCACCAAUCCACAGGAUCUGUGCCUGUGAUUUGUGUGGAUGCUUUUUACCUGGUUUGUUGUGAUUGCAGGGUUAGCACAGGGAUGAAGAUGAACUGUAGAAUUGGUAGUACUGGGGGGGGGGGGGGGAGGUUGCUUUUUUUUUUUAACUAGGCCUUUUCCUCCUUGCUUCCUCUCUUUCCCUGUCCCAGUGGACAAUAGAGUUCUAAUUACUAUAUCUUUGCUUCUCAGGCAAUUCUCUGCCCACAGGGAUUUUGGCAUCGGUUUCCCAGCAGGGCCUAAUGUAGGAGUCGAGAAUGUCCGGCCUGCAGGCUUUAUAUGGCUCACAAAAUCAUUUGGUCUGACCCAGUGCAGGGAAGAGCACCUGACCCAGUCCACCCACUUAACCUGGCUCCUGUUGCUCCUCCAAGCUGGCCCAUUGACCCUUCUGUGGGCCAGAUGCAGUUUCCUAUUCAGACUCAAGUCUCUUUCAGGCUCCUCCCCUUGUGCAGGCACAUUCUGCUUCUUCCACUCUUGUUUUUGAUGGCAGAACUUAAGUUGCUAGGCAUGUGUGCCGUGCAAUUUUUUGAAUUUUCAUUUGAUUUUUAAAAUAUAAUUUUAUAACUUAUAACAAUAUACUGCUAAUAAUAACCUAUGUGAUUUUACAUCUAUCUAGCUAUAAAUAAAUAAAUAAAGGUGUGGCCUGCAAACGAUGUUAUACAUAUCCAAAUUACUCUCAGCAGAAAAAGCUUCCGCUACCCCUCAGCUAACCCAGUGUCAUCUACAUGGAGUAGCAACUGCACCUGGGUUAUUGUUGGAGGCCUUGCCUUCUUUGAAGAUGCCAGGGAUUGAUCCUAGGAUCUUCUGUAUGCAGAGCAUUUCCCCUAUUGCUGAUUUAGAUCCUUUCCAAAGCUGGAUGCCUGAACAGAAGUAAUGUGUUUCUUUCCAACUGAUCCUUGACACAGAAGCCUUUUCAGAUCAUUACUGAGGGCAUGAAAGAGUUUUAGGGGAACUAAUAUGGAGGAGAAAGCAAGAAACAACACUGUUGUUCAUAUUGUCCUGAAUAUUAAAUGUUAUCUGUACGUAGAUGAUGUCCAGCUCUGUCACUCCUUCCCACCUGUCACUAAGGAGGCUGUUCAGGUCCUGAACCGGAGCUUGGCCGCUGUGUCGGACUGGAUGAGGGCCAACAAAUUGAAAUUGAAUCCAGACAAGACAGAGGUCCUCCUGGUCAGUCGGAAGGCCGAACAGGGUAUAGGGUUACAGCCUGUGCUGGAUGGGGUCACACUCCCCCUGAAGGCGCAGGUUUGCAGUCUGGGGGUAAUCCUAGACUCAUCGUUGAGCCUGAAGCCCCAGGUCUCAGCAGUGGCUAGGGGAGCCUUCGCACAGUUAAAACUUGUGCGCCAGCUGCGACCGUACCUUGGGAAGCCAGACUUGGCAACGGUGGUCCACGCUCUCGUUACAUCCCGUUUAGACUACUGCAACGCACUCUACGUGGGGCUGCCUUUGAAGACUGUUCGGAAGCUUCAAUUAGUCCAACGGGAGGCUGCCAGGUUAAUAACUGGAGUGGCAUACAGGGAAUGUACCACUUCUCUGUUACGCCAGCUCCACUGGCUGCCGAUUAGCUACCGAGCACAAUUCAAGGUGCUGGCUUUAGCCUAUAAAGCUCUAAACGGUUCCGGCCCAGCUUAUCUGUCCGAACGUGUCUCCCGCUACGACCCACCUCAAAGCUUAAGAUCAUCAGAUGAGGCCCUGCUCGCAGUCCCGUCAGCCUCACAGGUGCGGCUGGCGGGGACAAGAGACAGGGCCUUUUCAGUAGUGGCUCCCUGCCUAUGGAACGCCCUCCCCAGUGAAGUCAGGCUGGCGCCCUCUCUCCUAUCCUUCCGUAGGAAGGUUAAAACUUGGUUGUGGGGCCAGGCUUUUGAAUAAGAAUCAGCAGCAUUGUUGUCGACCGCGUUUCUAGGGGAUCAGGCCCCUUAAGGAGAGAGCCGAUCCGGUCCUGAGAGAACGGACCUUGGCGGAGCCAAUAGGAGAAUAUGAGCUGCAAUACAACCUGGAGCCGAAAUGAAGAAGGUCCGCCAAAGUUGAAGGAAAAUCCGCCAAGGAGUCUUUAUUGAGCGAUUCAGCUGAAAAGGACACUAGUGGCGAUCAUUCAGCCUACUAGCGUACCAUAUAACCAAAAUAAAGCCAUAUUUAUACAAUGUUUCAGUCUGACAGCCCCUUGAAUUUCCCGCCCCGCUCCCCCGCCCAUCUGAUCGCGGAUAGGCUAGAGUGUUGAACGAGGCGGGCUUUCGUUUCCCGCCUUGCUCUGCUGGCCCAAUAGGGAGCUGCUUUUUGUCCCCACUCGGGCCAAUCAGAGAGGAGAAGGCGGGAGUUGUUGAAACAAUGAAGUGACUGAGCAGGAAGGAUCAGAUUAAUUCCUGCCCGGCCGGAUUCUAAAGGGAUUAAUGACAGCAAUCAGGAGUCCCUGUCAUGUACACUGAUUUCAGAUAUGCCUUGGGGUGUCAGAGGUGGAAGUAAGGAUGGGUGGAAAUGGGCCCAGCAGGGCGCCUUCCUGAGAUGUCCUGGGUUUCCUUUUGGAGGAGAUAUGACAAUGUUUGCCUUGAGGGUGAAUCACCUUUAGGUCAAAAUACUCCGAAUUCGGCGACUCAGGCCCUAUAUUGUCCAUGCAAUCUGAAUUAGAUUGGAUUAAGCUGUGGCAGAUUAUCCUUUUGUUUUUGGGAAGUGAAGCCUGGGUCAUAGGAAAUGGGGCAGGUCCUGGGGUUCAAGUGGAGUUUCGAAAUAUUCCCUAUCUGAUUUCAUGACUUGGCAAUUAUAUGAAAUAAAAUGAAAAAUAAAAUAAAGUUGGAAUAUAAACCCAGCUGGGAAAAAUACAUAUUUUCCGGGGAUCCCAAAGAGUACAAAUACAUAUAGGCAGAUAGAUAGAUUUCAAGGAAGUAAGGGAGAAUCCAUAGGGGUGGGUUACAUUGCAUAAAGGGGAAUCAUGAAUGAUAUAAACAACGAUAUAAACAACGAAGUUCACAACAUCUGGGGAACCCAAUAUGGAAAUUCAUAAAAAUGGAGUUUUAGCAGCAUGAUUUCAUAAUUCAUGAAGGUAGCCCAACGAUUAGAAAUUCAUACAACAGUGAUUCAUGAGGGUGUCCAGGUACAUAGAAUAUGAAAAUUCACGGAUACAUGAAGAAAGGAGUUCAUCUGUGGUGGAAGGAUGGCAUGGGGAAGAGGCACAUGUGGGUUGCAGUCUUUGGAAGUAUAAGAUUUCAUAAGUUCAGGGAUAGGUCUGGGGAAGAGUGUUCUUCUCCUUCAUAAAAUUAUGAAGGAGAAGAACACUCUUCCCCAGACCUAUCCCUGAACUUAUGAAAUCUUAUACUUCCAAAGACUGCAACCCACAUGUGCCUCUUCCCCAUGCCAUCUCUAUGAAUUCCUUCCACCACAGAUGAACUCUUUUCCUCAUGUAUCCGUGAAUUUUCAUAUUCUAUGUACCUGGACACCCUCAUGAAUCACUGUUGUAUGAAUUUCUAAUCGUUGGGCUAACUUCAUGAAUUGUGAGAUCAUGCUGCUAGAACUCCACUUCUAUGAAUUUCCAUAUUGGGUUCCCCAGAUGUUGUGAACUUCGUUCUUAUCAAAUGUUUUCAAUUGUUUAUACCAUUCAUGAUUCCCCUUUAUGCAAUGUAACCCACCUUUAUGGAUUCUCCCUUAUUUCCUUGAAAUCUAUCUAUCUGCCUAUAUGUAUUUGUACUCUUUGGGA